AAAGUAAUAUGGUCAUAUACCAGUAUGGACUAAAUGAAGAACAUGACGGAGUGAUUGUAGUUUGUUAGCAGCAAAGGUAACGCAUUCUCGUGGAAUUUCCAACCACGGAUGAAAGUUUCAUCAAAUUGACAGUAAAGAUGUCAAUGGUGGUGGUUAUUUCUCGAUUUUGAUAUCUGAAAAGUCAGUGUACAAGACAAUGCCUUCUUUGAGGCGGCUAUCGGCAAGAAAGCGCAAGUCGCGAAUGUAGCAGAAAGUUACUCAAGUUGAACCCUGACGUGACUGAUCCUGAUGAACUGCUCUGAUCUACCUUUGGAGCUCAUAGAUGAAAUACUGAAGCAUUUAGACGCAAUUUCUGUGGCUAAAUCACGGCAAGUCUGCCGUACAUGGCUAGCGUUGCACGCGCAGCCAAAAUAUAAACUGUUGUGGAGACAAGCUUGUGUUCGCGAUAUUGGAUACGAUGUUCUUACAGAAAUAACGGGAGAUAAUCAAAUAUUCUCAGACGACAAUCUUGGACACUCAGGUGCUACUGGUAAAGACGGCGGUCAGAAAAACUGCAACAUCGAUUGGAAGGCCAUCUAUCAAAGGUGGUUCAGAAGUCGUCAUAUUGGAAAAUGGCCUUGUAUGAUAACUGAGCUUGAGGGGCAUUCUGGCCAAGUCCUGGAUGUGAAAUUGUCUGGGGACAGAGUUGUGACUUGUGGUGUGGAUGGUGACAUUUGUAUUUGGGAUGGGUGGACAGGAUGUUGCUUAAUGGUUCUUAAGGGCCAUCUUGAUUCUGUAACCUCCAUCUCUUUGAGGCAAACACCAGGUCUGUGGAAAAAGCCUUUAGAUACCCCCCCACACGAUCUUCUUGCAUCUGGCUCUAGAGACUGUUCAGUUAAAAUCUGGAACCUGAAGGAACCCUCCAGUGUUGCUAUGGCAACCUGUCUUGGCCACAAUGGUCCCGUCAACUGUGUCAGUUUUGGAGACAAUUCUUUUUUGGCCUCUGCUUCAGAAGACUGUUCUGUUAGGAUAUGGCGCAUCAGCACAGAUAAUUGUUCUUGCUAUUACAUACUGAGUAAUUUGGGUGACUGGGUGGAACAAACAAGACUUUGGGGAGCUGAUACUCUGCUUUAUGUUACAGUUAAUGGCAAGCUGGCUUUGUGGUCCAUAGCAGAUUCACAAAUGUUAUCAUCCAUUAGAAUAAGAGCAUCCAACCCUUCCCUACCCAGAGUUCACGGUGCUGUCCUUAGGGGGCAGAAAGUUCUUGUCCUAACUGCCCUCAAUGGUCUCUUUGCUUGGGAAUGUAAAUUAAAUGACAACAUUGUGCACAACUUUCCUGUCAUUGGUCCAUGUUCUACUGGUGUUGCUCGUGGAACAUGUUUAACCAUGCAUGGAGCCAUAGUUGCUGUAGGAACCAGUUCUACUGGAACUGUCUAUGUCUACCACCUCAACGGCAAAUGGGAGAAUCAGUUCACCAAAAUCCACUGUGUGCUCCAAGUAAAUAAAUCUGCAGUCAAUGCCAUUUCUAUCGAUGAUGAUGGGCAAGGUCCCUGUCUUGCAGCUGGAGGGGAUGAUGGCAUUGUCAAAGUUUAUCGCUGGUUUCCACCCAGUGUUUAAAUGAAUUGAGGCUAGGUCACACUUAGCAACAGGUCACUGUAGCUCGCAGCAACAGUUUGAUUUGUGGGCAUUGAGAAUUGACCUGAAUAUGUUUGUCAGUUUUGUUGCAUAUUAAGAAGUUCCACAAAUUUUAACUAGUUUAACAGCUUGCCAUCAUUAGCUUGUCAUAGAAUGUGAUAUGGAUGUAUUAAAGCAAAACAAUGUAUUUACAUGGUGACUUUCAUUUUAAUAAAAUCACAAUCCUACUGAAUCAAGUUAUAUUUUUAAAAUGAUUGUUACACCUAAUUUGGAGCAAAAUAUGAACAGGUUUGUCUCAGCAAUAUAAUUUUUAAUUAGUGUUGUGGCUUACAAAGCCAAUUCUUUUUUUUCCCCUCAAAGAAAAAGCAUUUAAACAGCAUAAGUUGUUACACAGACAAUGGCACCUUUUUCAUCAUAAACUGAACAUUGCAAAACUUGCUUAUUAUAUUACCUUCUGCAAAUUAGAUUUUCUGGAAACAGUCAAUAGAGAUCUGUUUUUGAUUUGUUAAUUCUUUGAGUGUAACAACUUGUUCAUGUGGCCUUUUAGCUUUAUUCGAACAAUCAACACUGUUACUGACAAGCUUCCAAAACUGUGUGCACCAGAAAUAUUUCAAGAGUAUUUACACUACCGUCAAUAUGGUAUGACAUACAUGUGAAUGGCCUGUGAGAAGCAAUGAUCAUAAUAAGUAAAUUUCUUUGUUUUUCUCUCUCCAGAAACUUAACUGAUUGGUCAUAACACAGUACUGUAAAAUAAUUAAGGUGUUCACAGUUUUCUUAGGGGCUGACCAUUUAAUUCUUGAGAGGGGGUGGGUGAUUUUGAAAAAA